CCUGCUAGCAGAUGAAGGAAAAAACAAAUGUUAGUGUUGUGACUGACAUCUACUCGUUUUUAAUAAACAAUAAUAAUAAGCUGUUUAUUAAUUACACGUUAGGAUUUUGCUCUGGUUAUUUACACAUUAUAUGUAGAUAGUAAGUUGGAUAACUACCGCCGCAGAUAGUAACAUUAGGUAGUUAGCUAACGGUUAGCGUCUCAAUAAACUUUGCUAGAAUGACGUCGUCUUCGGCAAAGGUGGGUGAAAUCUUCUCGGCGGCUGGAGCUGCAUUCAGCAAAUUAGGAGAGCUGACCAUGCAGCUGCAUCCUGUAGCUGAUUCAUCUCCUGCAGGAGCCAAAUGGACAGAAACUGAGAUAGAGAUGCUGCGUUCAGCUGUGAGCCGCUUCGGUGAUGAUUUGAACGCUAUCAGCUCGGUCAUUAAAGAACGCACAGUUGCCCAGAUUAAGACCACAGUAAAGAGGAAGCUCUAUGAGGACAACAGAGUACCUCUCUCAUCAGAGCCACCCCAAAAGACCGUGAAGAAACCCACUGUCUCCAUGGCAACGACUCCAGUAUCCAUGGACCCAAGCUCACAAGUUGUGACAGCAGGAUUGCAGAGUUCCGCUUCUUUGCCACACACAAUUAAAAAGCCCAAACCUUCAGAUGUGACACUCAGUGCCCUGAAUGACUCAGAUGUCAACAGUGAUUUGGUGGAUAUGGAAGGUUUAGGAGAGAGUUCUACCAAAAAACCCAAUUUCGAUCAAGAGUGUCUGAGUUUGGACUCCAGCCUCAUAAUGAACUCCAGCGACCUGCCACUACUUUCCCGGUGAAACGUUUUCUGAAUUAUUACUGAAGUACCAGAAGAUCAACCCAAACACACAGACUUGACGUUCAGGCUAAUAAACCUCGGUUCCUUCAUGAACACUGGUAGAUGAAAACGGUGACAAACUCAUCUCGAACUCUGCUUGACCCUUACGAUACCAGAGAGAGGUAUUCUUGAAUUUGCUAGAUAUGUUGAGCUUUACAUGAAGACUGGUUUUGAACAUGUUAAACAUUUCCAUUGCGCGGUUCAGACCACUGAGUAAAACUCUUAGAGGUGUACAACUUUUUCUUUCCUAUUAUAUUUUUAAAAAAAAACUCUGUCAAAGAGGGAUGUGACGAUGCUCCCAAAGACGUUUAUCCAUUGGGUCUUGACACAAUGUAUGAUCAAAUUAAAAAAAAAAACAGUUAAAUACAGUAUCUUUUAUUUUCCUGAUCGAUAUAUACAAUGCAAAAUACAAAUUCUAAGCUGAACAUUUUUGUAUCUACUAGAAAUGAGACGAUACCAGGUACUGAAUUAUGCUCCGAGGGAAUGAAUAUACUUUUAUAUACCUCAUUGCUUUAUAUUACAGUUCAUAAAAAUACAUCUUCCUCGUCUGUUUGUUGUGGCUACAACAUAUUUACAUCUCAAACACAAGAGGCAAGAGUUUGUGUGUGUGUGUGUGUAAUUUUAUAGAUGUGCUUACAAAAAAUUAACCCAAUUCCCAGCCUCGUAUUCCAGCUUUGUAACAGUCACUAAUUAAACAUUCAUCCUUCAUCCUGUUUAAAGAAGACACAUAUACGAUGCAGAGCCUCCCAUUUAAGUGAGAGAAAUAAACGACAAAAAAAAAAAUGUACAAACCUAAAGCAGAAUUAAAAAUAAAAACAAAUUUUUUUCAAGUGAUGUCUGAAACAAUUACGUCCAAGUUGAGAAAUGCUUCCUAAACAAAACUGACCAUUUCUGACUUUACAUAAAUAAUACAUUUAAAUGAUCAAUAUGUUCACUUAAAAAUAAAAGAAGAAAAGGAAAGAGAGAAGCCACAGAAUGCAGGAAAAAAAUAAUAAUGAUUGAGUCUUCUUUCCUAUUCCGUGAUGUACUUGUAUCUAUAUUGCACAAUCUUCUUUUUCUUUUCAAGACUCGACUCGGAUCCAUUGGUAUUAAUUUAAACAUGGAGACUUUGACAAUAUGUGCAAAUGUCUUUGGAAUUACUUUACAAGGCAUUUCAUUGUACCAGCAAUAAAGCUAAAGAAAACACGAAAAGGCAUUUGAAAGAAAUCUUUCAGGAAAGUUCCUUCUUAUCUUUGUGAACUAAAUGCUGAAGUUGAAAUGUUAGGUCAGACACACUUAUAUUGCCGAAAGUUUUGUGACACCCCUCCAAAUCAUUGAGUUCAGGUGUUGUUUUUCAGGGGUUGGGCUCGGCCCCUUAGUUCCAAUGAAAGGAACUCUUAAUGCUUCAGCUUCAUACCAAGACAUUUUGGACGAUUUCAUGCUCCCAACUUUGUGGGAACAGUUUGGGGAUGACCCCUUCCUGUUCCAACAUGACUGCACACCUGUGCACAAAGCAAGGUCCAUAAAGACAUGGAUGAGUGAGUUUGGUGUGGAGGAACUUGACUGGACUGUACAGAGGCCUGAUCUCAACCCAUUUGGGAUGAAUUACAGUGGAGACUGUGAACCAGGCCUUCUCGUCCAACAUCAGUGCCUGACCUCACAAAGGAUCUUCUUUUUGAGGAAUGGUCACAAAUUCCUAAACAUAAACACCCUCCUAAGCCUUGCCAGGAGAAUUGAAGCUGCUAUAGCUGCAAAGGGCGGGCCAACUCCAUAUCACCUUCAUGUCCCAAAACUUUUGCCAAUAUAAGUGUAUUUUCUAGUCAGUUUGUGAUGCACAUGAUCCACACUAGUCCUCCUCCUGCUUUAAUGCAUUUGUCAGUAAAAAGUCUGUAAUCAGCAAUACUGUACAUCUGUUCGUCAGUUAUGUUUUUUGUUGUACACAAUAACCUUACCAAAAAUAUGUUCCCACUCAAUGUACUUCAGACUUGCAUUAACAACGUCUAACACUGCACAGAGGAAAAAAGAUUAUCUACUGAAUUUUUUUUUUUCCCUGACAUGUAAUACAGUAUUAUAGUCAAUCAGCUAGUGUAGCUCAUUUCCUUACUACAAGCUUAGGGUCAUGUAGGUGCUUUUGCAAAAUAAAUGCACUGAAAAUAUUUUUUCUUUUGCUAAAUUUAAAUGCUAGGAACUUGUGCCUGUUUUAUGGUGCAAAUUAUCCUGGCAUUGUUUUUUUUUUU